GAUUUUCGUUAGUUUGUCGAUCAACCAACAUAUUUUGUCUGUUUUUAAUUAAAUCGUCAAUGGCCUUUCGGUGACUCUGAUACAUUGCCCAUUCUAUUGCUUGCCGCGCCAUCAUUCACAGUACCGUAACAAAGUACUCCGCCUACAUGACGUGCUGUUCGAUGCCUUCGGUGUUUUGAGGAGAUCCCUACAUGUUUUUUUUCUGUUUGGCCUUCAAGGUGGUGAAAAAUACACAGUGCAAAGGUCGCCAAUACGAUCUACGGUAAAUCAAACCCCGUGUGCAUGAUCUGACGAGAUAUGCAGAUUUACCCGAAGAAAAUCAACUGCGAAGACGAGCUCACCGUCUAAAGCAAAAGAAACUAGUUUGGGGGUUCGAAUGGAUCGAUUGGAAAGUGAAAGGUUUUAAAGCACGGAUGAGUCUUUGGGUGGAGCAGUAGAAACAGCAACAUUCAUUGUUACCGGAGGUUUACGGGGAAGGGUAUGUAAUUAGUGCUCCAUAAAGGCCAGUGUGUCGCAAGGAAGUGUAAAAAGAGCACUAAAACCCGACAAGGUAACAAAAGUGACUCCCGCCACUACUGCGCAAAACUACAAAUUAUUAGUGUGUGACCGUGCUAUCCGUGAUCGUCAUCAAAGUUCCUCGCCAAGCGCCAACAAAAAUAAGCUAGGGACAUUAGAGAGCCCUAUUCUCGUUCUUCCAAUCCCGUUUACUAAAACCAUCGUCGUGUUAGUCAUCUGGCAAUAAUAAAUGGAGCAUUCAACGGAUGACGCCUAUGGAAGAUACCGAAGCCGACCUACAUACUGAUACAAAGAAUCACACAAUGGUGCACAGUGGUGCGUUACUAUCGCACUAUCUGCUGCGACCAUUAUCAGCAACAGCUUCUCACGUCGUUCCGGUCGCGUCAUCUAUUGCCGUACGGGACCAUAACGGUAACAGUCUAUCUUUGUUGACACCGUGGCUGAGGACAACUUCCGCGCCCAUUCAUUUGAAACCAUCGGAGGGAGUGUCGUCGCGGACAUCCCAUUCGACGCUUAAGAAGCAUACGUCAAUUUCAAUCGCCUCGGCAGAAUAUUCUCUACUAGACAAUAGCACCGUAGCAUUAGCACUACCCGGUGGAAGAGCCCGCAACGAACGUCAAAUCUUAGGCCAUCGAUCGAGAGCGACAAAGAAAGCGGUGCGAGGAGAAAAUAAGAAGUUCAGCGACCAGAUUGUUGUUUCCAUCGAACAUCGUUCUUUGCACCUAAUCCCUACCUAUCGGUGCCAUCGUGAAUUGAGAAACCGGGCUGAGUGGUUGUAGAUUUAGGAUUGC